GACUGCUGCGCGGCAAACCCGCACGACAGGUCGCCGGCGAGCUACAACCACCGCUCCGUCGUCAGUCUACGGGACACACCGUUCGCAAUCGCGUCUUGUUUUGUGCAGUUAGUUUUUUUCUCAUAUUAUCAUUACACUCGUCACGUUUCGUGUCGCGUUCCGCGUGUGCCGAACACACAACACCAUACGAAGGUCGUGAACCGCGUUUCGAGUAAGUAUACACGGGAUUUUACCGGGUGCGCGCGACCCGUGAUGUGAAUGACGGUCACCGGCAAACGUCGUCUCAUCGCGUUACAGGGAAUGUGACAUAUUUAUACACUGCGUCGGGCGCACACACGAAUACACAAACGAAGCAGUGGACACGACUACGCAUCGUACCAUCAGCCGGUCUCGCGAAGAGUAAUAGGUAGCUGAUCGUCGAACGGUAGUGCGCGAGGUCCGUCGAUCGCCACCAUGAGUAUGAUGAUGAUGAUGAGACCGUCCGACUCUACGCCCAUCUGCCGAUGCCGGGUCUUGUAUCUGGGCUCGGCCGUCCCGCAUAUCACCAAGGAUGGUCUGCAGGGCAUACAGGAACCACUCAAGGAACUGUACCCGGAGCAGGGGGCCCUGGGUGCCCGCGGCAUUGAUUCUUGGCUGAGCGUCUGGAGCAACGGUCUGCUGCUGGAGAAUGUAGACGAGAACCACAAAAAGAUCACACGGUUCUUUCCGAUCGAGUCACUGCACUACUGUGCCGCAGUCCGGUUCGUCCUGGUGCCCGAGAAAUCCAACGGGUCGUCGCAGCCGCGAUUCCUGCCAUUGGACUCUCCGUUCGCCCGGUCCCCGAAUCCUAACCAUCCGCCACUGUUCGCAGCCAUACUUCGACGAACUUCCGGUAUUAAGGUGCUCGAGUGUCACACGUUUAUAUGUAAGCGCGAGAUGGCCGCCAACGCGUUGGUCCGGUGCUGUUUCCACGCUUACGCUGACUCGUCAUACGCCAAACAAUCGGAAGGAGGCGGUACGAACGGCAUUGUCAACGGUGUCGGUGGCAACAGCAUUUACGGCACGGUGCGGACCAACAGGUCGGUUGGAAACAACACAAUUGAAAAGGUGGAGGGCUGGAGGCGCAUGACCAACGGUGGUGCGGCGGCUGGAAGCACGCUGACGCUCAACAGUGCACACUCUAACGGUAUCACCAUGCUGGAAGCGUCCACAAACUCCAUGGACGACUUAUCCGAGUGCAACGGCGACGAGAAUCACAAGGUGUGGGUGGGCAGUACCAAAGAUAUAUCGGAAAAGGAAGACUUGUACGGUACCGGCAACACGAUGCGCAGCUCACGAUCCAGCAGACCCAGACAAUUGGUUGGGGGUGCUCCGCCACCACCACCACCGCCGCCACCGGUAAGAGAUGAUAGUAAUAAACCGGGGGCCAAAAAAACCAAGGAGAGACCACGCCGCAAGAGGACGCCGACUGGUGGAAGUCGCGAAGAUUUGUACGCGCCGUCGAUGAACGGUUCACUUAUGAGAUCUGUGCAUGGAGGGCGGAGUUCGGUGUCACUCAACGGUACCAUGGCAAGCCGAGGACCACCCAGAGGGUUCAUGCAAUAUCAACAGCCUCCGCCGCCACCGCCACCCAAUCACAUAUACUCUAAUGGUAGUGGCAGCACCAUGCUCAGACCCGUCAACGGAUUUCAUCCACAUCCACCGCACCAUCCACACCACCACCACCCGGGAAUGAUGCAGCAGCAGCCACCGCCUCCGCCGCCUAUUAUGAUGGUGCCCACCACGUUGCCGCAUCCAAAGAAAAUGCACAAGAUGAAGCCAGGUAUGAUGCCGGUGCCCAGACCGGGAAUGAUCCCAGCCAACUACAUGCCGGUGCCCAUGUAUGUGCACACCGGUAAAAAGUCCAAGCACGGCGUGCCCAUGCCAGUGCCGAUGGCCAUGGAAGAACCGAUAUACAUGCCGUCUGCUCGUCCUUUGAGUCCAGUCGCGUCUUAUCAACCCGAACACUUCCCGCACGAGGCCUACCUGAUGCAGCAGUACGCCAACAGCGUCAAUCACAUGAACAACAAUAACAACAACGGGCCGGCGCCAAAAACUAAGAAAGGCAAAAAAGACAAAAAAUCGAAAGAUUCAGUCAACGGGAUGAUGCCACCGUUGAUGGUGCCACAGUUAAUGGUUAACGGUGGCGCGGGUGGAGGUGGAAUGAUGAUGAUGCACCAGCAGCAGCCACUGCAGCAUCCGCCACCGCCGCCAUCCAAUGGACCGCCUCAAAUGGCUGUCAACGGGCAUAGAGUCAACGGCAACGGUAUCAUGUCGGCAGGACACGACGACAUGACGGACGACACAGAGGACUCGGUGUACAGCACCGGAAUCUACCGGAGAAAAGGCCACCUCAACGAGCGGGCGUUCUCAUAUUCGAUCCGGCAGGAGCACCGGUCCCGAUCUUACGGGUCGCUGGCAAACCUCAAGUUCGCCGCGCCGCCAAUCGUACCAAAUGGUGUGGACGGUGUGCCGAACAAGGUGGACAUCAAGAAGGAACGAGAGAUCAUGCAGAUGAUGCAGGAUCUGGAGUUGUCCGGCGACGAGCUGGACCGUGCUGACCAAGUGGUGCACCACCAGAAGCAGAAUAACAACGUGGCGCACCAUCAGAGGCCCGUCAAGACGAAGCGAUAACGAACACCAUGAUAUUAAAACGCGUCACAGCUGCUUACCGGAACCACGACCGCCUGCAGUGUUCUUCGACGAGAGAAUUUGACGAGCGGACGUACAACGCAUAUAGAACAUUACACACAACCAUUACUCCUGCAGACGACGUGAACAGUUCUUUUUUUUAACGGAUUUAAUAUGUUAUUAAUUAUUUUUUUAAUUAAUUUUAGUGUAUAAGAUAUUACCUAUAUUAUUUUAUUUAUAGAAACGAUAAAGAAAAAUACGUCUUCAACAUACGUCAUGCUAUACAUAUAUGUAUGUAUAAUGAGUAUACUAAACGCACAGACACUUUUUAUUUUACGUAUAUUUUCGUCGUUACUAAACAACACUCGUUGGUUUAUAGCCCACACGCGUCAUAAGUAACUAUAUAAGCGCGCGUAUAUGUGUUAUUGGCUAUUGCAUUGGAUUUUUUUUUUCACGGUUUCAUUGGAGAGAAGGUUUUUUAAUAAUAAAAAAAAAUUAUGAACUCGACCUGCGGACACCAUAAUUUCAGUUUUUCGUUAAAUGUAUAUACUUAAUUAUUAUUAUUUUAUCCAAAACAACAACGUCUGACACGACACUAUUGUUAUGAAAUUCGUGUCGGAUAAGGGAAAAUGCGAAAAUUUGUAAUACGUACGUUUAAUUUGUCUGACACGUGUUUUGUUUUAUUAUAGUACAGCCAAAUGUCCAUGAAUAAUUUUUCUUGCGAUGGUAUAAUCAUUUUCUUUUGUAGAUAUUAUUAUAAUAAUGCGUACUAAAAAAUAAAUUUGUUAUUUAAGUACGGUUUUGCUCAAUAAUCUUCUUUUUUUUAUUAUUAUUAUAUUACUUCUGUUUUUUAUUAUUAUUUUUUUUUUAUAUACCUAACAAUAAUAUUAAUUUUGAUGUGUUUACGUCUUAAAUAUAUUUACACGUUGAGAGAUAAUAAUUACUUAAUUCAAUAAUAAUUUUUUUAUGGAUAAAAUUAUAUACAAUUUUGACAUAAAAACGUAUUUCGCAAAGUGUGGGGACACGGAAAGUACUUAUUUUUGCAGUUCGUUUAAAAGUAUAAAAAUGUCUUGUGGUUUUUACCCGACGUGGGUCAUCGACUAGACCGAGAUUUUAUACUUUCAAACGACGUAAUAAAACGGUCAACUGAAAAAAGGCACCGUUUCGUAAAACUUACCACAGACGCUUUAGUGCGUUUAAAAGCGAAACCCGAGAAUAUCGUUAUUUGUCUACUUUGUAAAACGAUAUUUUCGUGUGGUUGUAAACAAAAUAAAUAUUAAAUCUCCGUGAUGGAAAUAAAAGAGCAUUUAAUAUCCGGCCGUACCUACUGUAUAUAGGUAUAAAUUAUUAUUAUUAUUAUUAUUAUUAUUGAAUCGACGACUGAUGUAACGAGUAGGGAUAGCGUGCCAUUUUUAUGCUUACACAAAGAAUGGUAUUUUUUAUUAUAUAAAUUUUUAUUGAUUAAUAUUAUUAUUAUUAUUAUUGUGUAUGACUUAAUAUAGAAAUGCUGUUAUUAAAAAUAUGUUAAAUAAAAUAUACGAUUUUACAUUGA